CGAGUUAGGCUCAGGUCCAACAGAGAGCUACUGCCGAAAACUUUCUGGCGACUGGACGCCGUACCGGAAAUAGGAGCCGGAAACUGUGUGUGGUGCGCCGGGCAUGGCUCAGGCGGCGGCUGUCGCGGCCGAGUCGCUGGCGCUUGGCCGAGCGCGGGCUGCGCGCACUGUGCUGGAUCAGGUGGUGCUCCCGGGUGAGGAGCUGCUGCUGCCGGAGCAGGAGGAUGCUGAAGGCCUGGGAGGUGCCGGAGAGCGACCGCUGCGCUUAAAUGCCGGGGCGCGUUCCCGGGUGCGUGUUGUGUGCGGCCCGGGCUUGCGGCGUUGCGGCGACCGCCUGCUGGUCACCAAGUGCGGCCGCCUCCGUCACAAGGAGCCCGGCGGCGGCGGUAGUGGCGGCGUUUACUGGGUGGACUCGCAGCAGAAACGGUAUGUCCCAGUGAAAGGAGACCAUGUGAUUGGCAUAGUGACAGCUAAAUCUGGAGAUAUAUUCAAAGUCGAUGUUGGAGGGAGUGAGCCAGCUUCUUUGUCUUACUUGGCAUUUGAAGGUGCAACUAAAAGAAACAGACCAAAUGUGCAGGUUGGAGAUCUCAUUUAUGGACAAUUUGUGGUUGCUAAUAAAGAUAUGGAACCAGAGAUGGUUUGUAUUGACAGCUGUGGACGAGCCAACGGAAUGGGUGUGAUUGGACAGGAUGGUCUGCUUUUUAAAGUGACUUUGGGCUUAAUUAGAAAGCUGCUAGCUCCAGACUGCGAGAUCCUACAGGAAGUGGGAAAACUCUACCCACUGGAGAUAGUAUUUGGAAUGAAUGGAAGAAUAUGGGUGAAGGCAAAAACCAUUCAGCAGACCUUAAUUUUGGCAAACAUUUUAGAAGCUUGUGAACAUAUGACAGCAGAUCAAAGAAAACAAAUCUUCUCCCGAUUGGCAGAAAGUUGAUCUAUGUGAAUUUUUUUUAAGGAUCAGUUGAGCCAAGAGACUGGAUUCCCUGGGGAAAAUUUUUUUCAGGUGAACCUCUCCCCAUUAAAUCUUCAGAAGACAAGAUUUGUCUUAUGAGAGUCUUUAAAGUAUUUUUAUAAAUAAGUCACUGAUUGCCACCCAUGUUCUUGUGGGUGAGAAAAAGUAUUAUAAAAUAAUGAUUGUUUUUUUGUUGUUGUUCUUUUAUAAUAAAGUUUACUAAAAGUUAGUAUUACAGUUUACUUGGUGUUACUUAGUUUUGCUAGGGCAGUUUCUAUAAUAAACUGGAAGUGAGCAUUAAAAGAAUUAUUUUCUGAUAAUAGUAAAAUACAUUCGCCAAAGAAAAUGUAGAAUACAUAAAAAGUAUAAAGCAGCAAACAAAAAUCACCCAUAAUCCCAUUAUUUAGUGGUGAGCAUGUAACAGCUAACAAUUACCAUGUGUUUACAUAGCAAGUAUUGUUCCAAGUGUUUUGCUUGGAUUAACUCAUUUAUUAGUAACUGCAGAAGACAUUUAGCCCCCUACUACAAGAAACAAGCAGAGGCUUUAACUUGAUCUACAUUCUCAACCACUAUGUGAAUGUAUGUUUUUCAAGUUGGAAUUACAGGAUUAUAUUUUAUAUACUACUUUCUAAUAGAUUUUGUCCACUUCACCAUUUAAUAUAUUUCUUUCAUAUUGCUAUUAAAAAUUCAGUAGUUGUAUGUUUUAUUUGCAUGUUAUAGGAUAAAUAUGUAUAUAUAUUGUUGGAUAUUUUGGAUAUGUCCUGUUUUUUGUUGUGUUAUAAAUAACACUAAGAUGAAGACCUCUGAA